AUGAAGCUCUCCACGCUCGUUUGGGGAUUUCUUGCUCCCCUCGCCGUUACGGGGUUAGGCUUUAAUAAAGACGAACUGCCCCGCUCAGUUGAAAUCUUCGUACAAUCCGUUUCCUCAACCUCGUCACCCAUAUUACCUCUCGCGAGCAUCCUAUACAACCAUGAACUCCGUGACGUCGUCGUCGAGGACUAUUCUCAUCCAGAUCUAUCACCCGAGACGAAGCUUCUGCGCGUCGGCGUCUACGAUACAGCUACGAAGCGGUGGAAAUCUGCUAUAUCAACGACGAGUGUGGAGAAUUUUGGGAAAGGCAUCAGACCGACUAUCGUUCUGAGCGUGGAUCGGAAUGGCGAAGUGUUAGGCGCAACUGUAAAAGGUGCUGUUAUUGACGCUGGACAAACGAGGGAUUUUGGGGCGAAGGCUAUGAUUGUUACGACGAAGAGAGGGAAGACACCGGAGUUGAAUAAGCCAAUUGUGCUUAGUAAAGAAGGAACGCUUGAGGAGGAAGUACCAGAGAAGACAUUGUUACAGAGGUAUUGGUGGGUUGGAUUAGCAGUUGUUAUGCUUAUGAUGACCGCUGGCGGAGGUGAAUAG